GUGGGCGGGGCCUGCCCUGAGAGAGGAAGGAAGGAGGAAGCCGCCAUCUUGUUGUCGCGUCGCCGCCGCCGCCGCCAUAGUCCGGAGCAGACCCAUCGAGUGACGGGCUAGGAGAUAGGCCGACACCCGGAGCGGGAGACCGAGCGCAGCAAGGCAGGCGCGAAAGAAGGGAAGAAAUAAAGGAAGGAAGGAGGAAGGAGAGAGCGGGCGAGCAGGCAGCAGGGCCGGUGAGGCGCUUCCCCUCUGUGAGGCGCGGGGGCGGCAGAAGAUGGGGCGCGCGCGUGCGUAGCUGGGCCUGGGAUCGGGGCCUCCCUUUUCCUCCUCACACGCCCCUCAGCGACAAGGAAGCAGGGAGCGGGGAGAAAGCGGGACAGCCGGCCGACGGGCCUCGGCUUAUGGGGUCGGCGGGUGCCCGGUGAGGCCCGACGAAGCUACCCCUGCUGAGGGACGGGCGGCGGCUUUGUCGGCCUUCAGGCCGCGCCCCCUCCCCUUCCUUUCUUCCCUCUGCUUCUCGGUCCAGAAAAGCGCGCGGAGGCCCCGGCAGUCGCAGCAGUUUCCCUUAAAAGCGGCGCUCUGCGGGUAAAGGGUUCUUGGAGUGCGCCGGGUGGAGGCUGUGGCCCCGCGGGAUUCUGGCCUAGGUCUUGGUGGCUGCUCACUUGUCCAGCCAGGAACGGAGGGUGUGGAGGUGGUUCCCCACCCCUUCCCUUUUUCAAACCCCCGCUCUGCUUUGCCGACACAUAAUCAAAAUGGGGAAAGGGUGAGGGGAGAGAAAGAGACGCCCUGGAACUCUCUUGUUCCUUCCUCGGAGGGAAGCUGAAGGGCCUGGAAGCCUUCGUAAUGAAAACGUUGCAGCCCCGCCCCCCCAAAAAAAGCCAAAAGGGGGAAAUGAUCUUAGUGUUAUAGCCAACUGGCUUCUACACGGAGUAGACCCACUGAAGUUGAUGGAUAUAAUCUAGCCAUGCCUAUUCAUUUCACUGGGCCCCUUCUGAGUAUGAAUAGUAAUGGAUGCAAGCCAUAAUAUGCAGCUUCGCUCCGCAGCCUGGCUGUGGAGAAAAAUGUUUUUAAAGCUGCUACUUCUAACACCAAAAUUUUCGGUUGUUUUUUUCAGGGUAGCAGGCCCUUUAUUUUCAUUUGUGGCAGCUGGUCAGCCAGUCUUAAGAAACGGGGGAUGGGGGGGGUGUCUUCUGACCAGUGCUGUAGUUCCAGCAGGGGUUAGGGGGUUGCUUUGUGGGUCUUUUGUGAUUCUCUGCCUUGGGCGUAUUGAGAUGCGGUUGGGGGAGUGAGCGGCUCACGCACAUAGUGACAUUUUGGCCUGGGAAUUUCUGGACUUGCCAUUUUGGAAGAAAUAGUAAAUUAGUUCCUCAAAUCACAACACUUGCAAAAGGAGGAAUGCAGACUUUAUUGAGUACACUCUUGUAUAAUCAAGCUUGUAUCAGCUACACUCUUGAGCGCUUGCAAGCACUUUGGGGAUUGCUCAGGGAGGCCUAGAGUGGUUUUAUCUUAGUCACUUUUCAGCAGAGUAGUAAGAAAGCUAGCUACACUGCAAUAUCAGUAACACAAACAUUUCAGAGGCCUCCCAGCAGCUUCUGUUUAGUUUUCUGGUGGUCUGCAGCCUCUCCUGAGUGACUAUACUUUUGUAACAUAUUCUCAGAGGAACCGUUGAGUUUUGAGGGUACAUACCCUUCUCUUUACAUGUAACUUCAAUACCAAGACUUCAGCAUGUGCCAUCCAUAAAGAGGCUUUGCUCUGGAAUCUUUGUAAGCCUGUAAGAUGCAUCUGGCAAACUUCACUCCUUAUUUCCAGUCAGGUGGCUUUAGCUGAAGAGGUGCUCUGCAAUUCAGAAGCCAACUUUCUGCUUGGAGAGCUUGCUUGUGUCUGUGAAGUGUCAUAGUUAGAGCUCCUUUCCCUUAACAUGAUUUGCAAGCAUGUUUUGGGGCCACUAAUUCUAUAUGUGCACAGGAAAGGGCUUUUCAAAGUCACCCUUUCAUAAAAAUUGGAGGGGGGACUUGUCACUGUCCCCAUACUGUGUGCCUCCAUUUCAUUUCCAAAACAAGUUCCCCUUUAGAAGUUUUUUUAAAAGGCAGCACACCAGUGUGCAGACUUCAUUUGCAGCAAUAUUUUCAGCAGAUAAGAGGUAGUGUAAUAAAAACAAUACUGAAAAGAAGAAGACAGUACAUUCAGGAUAUUAAGCAAAAAUUUUGUAGUUUUAGUAAGAGUUUUGGAAACAAAGUUUAGAGAGCUUAUGGCUAGUUUAUUAACAAAGACAAUACACCAUCUGUGCUGGCAUCCUUUUGCAAUGCAGAGUUGCUGGGGAACUAGUGGGAGUCUUUUUGGAUGUGUAUCGAAUUUUCUCAUUUCCAGAGGUGUGCCUAUGUUAGUCUGUUGCAGCAAAAAUGAGUUUUACAGAACCCUCAUGACACUAGGUCAGAUCCAUCAGGACACAAAGGAUUCUCUCUUCUCUCCACCCCCUACAGCCCCCACCGGCCCCAGAGGGUCCUUCAGUGUUUGCAGUUGCCCAAGUGAAAGUCCCGUUGCCACAGUUGGGAUAUCACUGUAAAAAAAAAAUAUUACUUGGUGGAUUAGAGUUCACUUCAUCAGAUAAAGUAAGUUUGUUCUCAGUGGGCAAAUUUAUAUACAUCUGGGUGUAGAGAGAGAAAUGAGAGAGAAAUGUAAACAAUGAGGUCAGAUAGAAAGGAAUGCAGAAAGCCUAGUAAGUGAAAAUUGCAUUAAAGUUUAAAACGUCAUAAAAUUACAUAAAAUAAGCAGGGUGAUCAUGAUGAUAACUUAUUAUUUUACUUUAAUGUAAUUUUCUGGCUUUAUUUUUUGUUUUAUUUCUAUCUCAUCUCAAUGUUUAUAUUUCUCUUUUUUCCCUCAUGUGUAUAUAUAUCCACCAACCCGGGAGCACACUCAGUGCGUUUGAAGGGGGCCCUAGUCCAUCAAGGCUUGUGUCAUAAGAAAUUUGUUAAGUCUUUAAGGCACCACAAGACUGUUCAUUGGGGGUUUUUCCUUAUCAGUAGUCUAUUAGUAAAAUAGUUCUCCUAAUCGGUCUGCAUCAUUGAGGACAUCCUUCCAACUGGUAUAGCUUGCAGCAAAUAAUUAGAAAUACUAACAGUAUUAUCUUAUCUUUUUCAGAUUGAAGUGAGUGGUUUUUGGAUAGAACUCAAGUUUGUCAGAAGACUUUUUUUUUUUUUAAGAGAGUUGUUCCACAGUGCAAGUUACUGCUUUACUCUUGAGUGACUUUACAGGUGCUUGCCUGCGUUGCAAUAAAAGACUCAUAUAUUGAGCAGGACCUUAUUUAUCUCUUCAUCUUGGAGAGUCUAAUAAACUAUUACAGUUUCUGUACUCACAAAGUUUUGAAGUUGAAAAAGACAUCUUUAUAAAGCAAAACAUGAGUACAGCCAGAACAGAGAACCCUGUUAUAAUGGGUCUCUCCAGUCAAAAUGGACAGCUGAGGGGCCCCGUAAAACCCACUGGUGGCCCAGGAGGCGGGGGAACACAGGCUCAGCAACAGAUGAACCAGCUGAAACAUCCCAACACAAUCAAUAACGGCACUCAGCAGCAAGCACAGAGCAUGGCCUCCACUAUCAAGUGAGUACUUGCCAAACUACUCAGCAGCCAUGUUGGUGCUUAAAGGAUGACCUCCAGAGUUCUUCCUGUGGGCCUGUUUUGCCAACCGGAGCAGUACUUGAUGCCAAGACUUAACUGCCAUCCUUUCUGUUCUGUUAGUUUUCAUGCAUUCUAAUUGUUGAUCAUGAAAUGCCCUCAUGUGUUUGUACAGAAAACCCAGUGUUUCCAUUGUUAAUGAGAUUGACAAAAUCCACUUUGGUUGUGCUAGGCUCUGAGCACUUUGGACUCCAUAGCUGCAUUAAUCAGACCUUAACUAGUGUACUGUGUCAGGUUCUGGGUGCUAUACUUUAAGGAGGAUGCAGGCAAAUGAAAAUGAUUUAGAGGAGGGCAACAAAGCUGAUCAGCCAUAAAGGGAGUCAUAUGAAGGAUGGUUGAAAAAACUGAGUGUGAAUGCCCUGGAGGAAAGCCUAAGUGGUAACAUGACAGCACUCUUCACAUACCUGCACCAGAGGACAGGAUUAGGUCUAAGGAGCUUAAGUUACAGGUGGAUAGAUUUUGGUUGAAAAUGAGGAGAGCCCUCUUGAUGGUUCUAGCAUCAAACAGGGAGGUGGGCUAUAUUUCCUACAAAUCACCCUUAACCUCUCUGAUUCUGUGGAGCUUCAACGAUUUCAGCAAAUACUUAAUUGGGAUUCUUGUACUUCAUUGCUUAAUGUGUAUUUGUAUCCAUCAAUGCACAUGGUGCUUUAGAGAACCCUGAGAAGCUUAUAAUAAUAAUUAAGCAUGUUAAACAUAUUAAUAACAUAUGGUUUACACAAUAAUUCAGUAUAUGUAACUGCAGAAAAGCUUUCCUAAUCAGAGAAGCUUUGACUACUUCUCUGAGUAGCAUAGGCUCCUUGAUCCAAUAGCAAAUUGCUGCAAGCACAGAAACACUAUUGAGAGAGCUGUAUUAAUAAUUGAAGCCAGCUACCCCAGAGAACAGUGAAACCCACAAUCUCAGGAAUAUUGGACUUGUGCCUUAGAGGUAAGAACCAUCAUACUGAUAUUCACCUGGAAACAAGCUCAAUGGCUACCAGAGGACUUACUCAGAAUUGGUGUUGUGUAUUCCCAGUAGCUGACAUUGGUGAUUAUAGCGGUGGCUGCAUUUGUGAUGGACUGAAGUUUCUGCAUCAUCUUCAAGGUCAGCUACACAUAGCUGCAUAUUGGAAGAGUGAGGCUUCCAGACUUGCAUAACAGUGGCAAGGCUGCUUGCCCCCUGCCUUAUUGGUUGAAACUGUUGAAAUGUACUGCUGUCCGUAACUUCCACCUAAGAGUCCAGGAGGAAACUCCAGCAAUUAACUUAUUUCAGGAGUGUGACCCCACUCAGAGCAAACAGUUCCAUCUCUUCUCCAGUUAUAAGAUUACCUACUAUGAGCAUCUGUCUUGUCUGGACAAAGUUUGAUAUUGACCCUCAUCUUGAUCAUUACUGACUUCAGGCAGUCAUUUAAGAAUUAUCUUAUCUGGUUCAGAUAGGAAAGGAAUAGAAACUGGGUAAUCUCUCCCAGUGGUUUCUUGUCUUGUAUUAAUAUGGUGGGACAAAAGAGAUACAUGCAAGACCCCAUAAGAGAGCUUCUGCAGGAAAGAAAAGCCCUUCAUUAUAAUCACCUGUAAUUGCCAGAUAGGGCAGUAAUGGAAGACCGCAAAGUGGUCUCCCCAGUACUUUUUUCUGGGGGAGAUGCAGGGCUACGCAUACCCCUAAACAUUUUGUGAAUCUUUGUACUUUUGUCCAUUUAAUGUAUUUAUUUUCCCCAAUUUGAACUAUAAAAUGGUGGUUUUCUUGAGUCAAAAUGAGAGUACCCCAUAUCAUUUUUGUUUUAAAAAAAAGCACUGGGUCUCCUUAUUCACAAAACGUGUAGCACUUCCAGAAAAAUGCCAUAAUCAUUAGUUAUAAAAACUGCUGAGAAGUUCAAGAGCAUUAUUGGAGUUAUGCUCCCCAUGUCUCUUACUGGAAGUCAUCAGCUAUGGUGAUUAAGGCAGUCUGCCUGAAACCACAGCCAGAAGCCAGUUUGAUAUGGACCUAGAUAGACAGCUCCUUAUCUAUAGUUCACUCAACCACUUUGGCUAUUAGGAAUAUUGGCCUAAAAUUUCUUAGUUUAUGGUAAUCGGGGAAUUUUUUUAAAAGUGGUCUUACUAUAGAAUUUUUUGGUUUAGAUGAAAGGCAUAUUUCCCCUAAUGAAGAAUUGACUAUAUUAUGAAUUGAUUAUAGUGUUUAUUAAAUCUCUUUAGACAACUUUUAUGGAAAGACCCAAGACAAAAUACAUGGCUUAUAAAAUUUAAAACCAUAAUUAAAACAAUUGUCCAUAAAUAACAAAAUCAACAGUGGCAGAAAACACUUAAAGAAGAGAUAUUUAUUAAUGUGCUGUCAAAUGCACACGGUGUAGAAGGUUUUUACCUGGCACCAUAUAGAUACAGCAAUUUCUGUGCCAAGUGAGCUUUUGGAGAAUAUUACCGAUGUGCAGAACCAUCACUGAAGAAGCCUUCCAUGAACAUUUAUUGGAGCUGACCAAAUAGACUCACGUCAAUAGGCACCUUCUACAAAGAUAAGUGCCCUGAACCACACAAGGCUUUAUGGGUUAAAAUCAGAACCUUGAAUUGGCCUGGAAACAUAGGCAGCUAAUGUGGUUGGGUUAGACUUGUAGCCUGAUCAUCUGGCUGCUGCAUUCUUCAUUAAUUGCCAUUUCUGCACCUAUGUUCAGCAAAAAUCAAACAACUUCUUGGUUUUUAAUACAAUUUCAGGUGCUUGCUUAACAUUUAUUGGGUACUUGACUGCAUAAUGAGGGCUUUGGAUCAUAUGUCAGAAGAACUUUGCGUCCUGAAACACAGACUAAGGUGGUGCACUGUCGGUCUAGGGAAUCUUGUCUUGCUUAGUUAGUAGCUAGAUUAAAUUUGCCGCUAUUGCUUUCAGUUAACUAAUUCUGACAAGUUUUCUAAGGCAUGGAUUUUGCAUCUGCCACAUGCAUAAUGUAAGUACAGUAUAUGGACCUCAUCUGACAUAGCUGCACAGUAUAGAUUUUACACCAUUUUAAUUGUCAUGCCUUCCCCAAAGUGUCCUGGAAAUUGUAGUUUGGCGUGUGCUGAAUAUUUUCCAUUGCAGAGCUCUUGUUCCCUUCACAGUCCUAUGAGAGAAGAUGGCUAUUAUAUGAAUUUAAGCCUUGGGGUACGUUUGAGGAAGCAUUAGUUUUUCUUUUGUCAUGUUCUCUGGUUUGCAUUUCUGGCUCUGUGGUACUCUCAGUCUAGAGUGGAAUGGUGCAUCCUAUCAGCGGCUGACAAGUCUUAUUUUCUCACUUCAGACCUGGCGAUGACUGGAAGAAGACUUUAAAACUCCCUCCAAAAGAUCUGAGAAUUAAAACUUCGGUAAGGAGUUCCUAAACCUAGAAAGCAUGCAAAUAUUGGGCUUUAAAUAUAAUUGAGGGAGGUGUGUAGGUGUUUGGACUAAAAAAGGUAAAGGGACCCCUGACCGUUAAGUCCAGUCACAGACAACUCUGGGGUUGCGGCGCUCGUCUCGCUUUACUGACCGAGGGAGCCAGCGUUCUGUCCGCAGACAGCUUCCGGGUCAUGUGGCCAGCAUUACAAAGCCGCUUCUGGUGAACCAGAGCAGUGCAUGAAAAUGCUGUUUACCUUCCCACCAGAGCAGUACCUAUUUAUCUACUUGCACUUUGACGUGCUGUACUAAUCACAUUAGGGGACGCGGGUGGCGCUGUGGGUAAAACCUCAGCGCCUAGGACUUGCCAAUCGCAUGGUCGGCGGUUCGAAUCCCCAUGGCGGGGUGCGCUCCCGUUGUUCGGUCCCAGCGCCUGCCAACCUAGCAGUUCGAAAGCACCCCCAGGUGCAAGUAGAUAAAUAGGGACCGCUUACCAGCGGGAAGGUAAACGGCGUUCCGUGUACAGCUCUGGCUCCCGGCCUAUAGAGUGAGAUGAGCGCACAACCCUAGAGUCUGUCAAGACUGGCCCGUACGGGCAGGGGUACCUUUACCUUUUACUAAUCACAUUGGCUGUGUAGAAUGGACCGAAGGGCUUGUGCAUGCAAGCAAGAGCAUCUUUUAGUACAUAUUCUCCAUGAUGAGCAAAUGAACAAGAAGCCAAGGAAGCUGCCUUACACUGUUGGUCUGUCUGUCUGAGUAGUUUCUACACUGGCUGGAAGCAGCUGUCCAAGCUUCCAGGAAGGGGUCUCCUCGGCCCUAUAGAAUGCCAGGGAUUGAACUUGGGAGCUUCUACAUGCAAAGGAGGUGCUGUCCCACUGAAGUAUCACUCUGCUACCUGCUUUUAUCUGGUACUGAAAUUGAAUGUGUGAGAGGGCAUGAGCUGACUGUUCUACUUUGCUUGUUCAGGAUGUGACAUCCACAAAAGGAAAUGAAUUUGAAGAUUACUGCCUGAAACGGGAGUUGCUGAUGGGAAUUUUUGAAAUGGGCUGGGAAAAACCAUCUCCGAUUCAGGUUGGUUUGUGUGACAGGAGCAGAUGUAAGGUGCUUACCUGGUGAAUGAAAAUUCAGCUGGUAGAGGACUUUUUGAGCUGGAUGGUGCAUGAUAUGGUACUUUAGAUUCCUGUUGAGCAAGAUGCUUUAUUUUGCCAUGUUGCUUUCACUGGCACUCUGGCAAUAUCUAAUAGAUCAAACUUUAUCUAGCUGCUGUGUGGAUAACUGAGGCUCCUCCCUCACCCAUGUAUGUCCAGAGUUCAGGAACAUUAUUGUUCAAUACAGUUAAUGCAGAACUUUUCCUGCUUGAGUCAUUCUUUUUCAGCAGUUAUAAACUUCUUAUAGCUGACCAACUAGGAGGAAAGCCAUUAUUUUCUCAAUAGGCCAUUGGUGUCGCAAUAGCCUGAAAAAUAUUUAUGUGGAUUCUGUAUUAAAUUGUUUGUGCAUCCAGUCCUUGGCUGUAUGGAGGGCAACAGGGAGAAAUCUUGACUCGUUGCUUUUUCUGUGACUCUGUUUUACUGGAGGACAGGGCUCCUGUGCUUUGACUUUGGUUCAUCCUGAAAACUGUAUAUCAUCUGAAGAAACUGGAAGCAGCUAUCUCUGCCCAUUUUUGAAAAGGAAAAAAAACCCCUAGCUCGUUAGUUACCUGUUAGUCACCAUACUGACAGGGUGAGAGCCCUCUGUAGCUUCUAUCACUCUGCUUGUGAGAGGUCCAGUUCAUGAUGGUAGACUUCUUGCUUGGGUGGCGUGGUCAUGCAUGGAAGAUAUGUGCUUAUUUGCCCUAGGGUCUUAACUAAUGCUACAUUAGCUCCAGUGCAUUUCCCCCCACCCUUUGCUCCCAGUAGAGGUAAGCAUUGUGUUUUCUUAUGCUGAUCCUUGUUAUUUCUUUUAAGGAGGAGAGCAUUCCCAUUGCUUUGUCUGGGAGGGAUAUCUUGGCUAGAGCUAAGAAUGGAACCGGAAAGAGCGGCGCCUACCUCAUUCCCUUACUUGAACGGCUUGACUUAAAGAAGGAUAACAUACAAGGUGAGUUGAAGAUGGGAAAUAAGUAAGCCCCAUGAAAACUUUGUCCAGAUCUUUAAAUUUCACCCAUGGCUGUGUUGAAUCUUUAACUUCCCACUUCACAGAUGUCAGGAAAACAAAGCAUUAGACAGACUUUCUCAAGGUUGAUAAUGCUGCUUUAUCCCUGCCUGUUCAACAACACCCCUUUAACCUUUAGCAGCACUUGUUAAGAAGGCUGUUCCUUUGAUUUACAGCACACUUUUACAGGAAGUAAAAUUUGAAGGGUUGAACUGCAAACUUGCCCACCCCAGAGUCGUGAAACAGUUGCUGAGAUUUUCUCUGCAUUGUAGAGAUAAAAUGCUUGAGAGUAGAUUUAGUUGAUGAAAAUUACAAUGGGAUGCAAUUAAGUGUUUCUUGUUACAGUAUGCUCCCGCCAGCUAAGAAUAUAACUUAUUUUCUGAAUCAGUCUGUCUUUAGUCCAAUAUUCUUGGUCCAACUGGAUGCCUCAGGGAAGCUCAUUUGCAUACCAGGCAAGAAGGUGAUAGACAGCCCCCAAUAUUUGUUGCUUAGAAAUAAUUGCUUCUGGACUAGGAGAAACUUCCUUUAUUGAAGCUCUCUGAGCUAGUGACUUAAGACCACCAUGUUAGUGAAUUCAAUCAAUUAAUUGUUCAUUUUGUUAAUAACGUUUAUGUCCUGAGCUUGCUGCCAACUUGUUUCAUUGAUCUUUGUAGUCUAGGUUUUUAGAUGUUUGAAGAAAAAUUCUCUUUCCAUUGCCUCUGUUUACAAUUAACACUUUUAUUGUAUCUCUUUAUAAGCUGGUAAGGACAAUGGGAUUUUUGAAAGUCUUGUGUUGAGCUCUUAAAGGGUACAAUAUAUGAAUGCAAAAAUCCUUGGUCUGCCCUGAAUAUUCUUCUUUCUUGCAGCAAUGGUGAUUGUUCCCACACGAGAACUUGCCCUGCAGGUCAGUCAGAUCUGCAUCCAGGUCAGCAAACAUAUGGGAGGGGCCAAAGUGAUGGCAACCACAGGAGGAACCAACCUGCGUGAUGACAUAAUGAGGCUUGAUGAUACAGGUAGGAUAUCUUGUGAUGCUGAAGUGUAGAGCCCUGGAUGCCCUAUGUGGCACCUGACUGUUUAGUUUCAGACUUCCAUAAUUCAAGUUGCAGCUCAUCUCUGUGUGCUUCUGUGUUUUUGCAGUGCAUGUGGUGAUAGCUACGCCAGGGAGGAUUCUGGAUCUCAUCAAGAAAGGAGUAGCAAAGGUGGACCAUGUCCAGAUGAUUGUUCUAGAUGAGGUAAUAUUAGCGUUGCCAGACUCUGGAAUCUGUUCUUUGCAAGUUAAAGUAGCAGCACGUGGCAACUCCUGUUCCUUGAAAUGCAUUUUGAAAUCAGGCCUGUAUCCUGGUACCCUUGCAAAGGAUGAUUCUUCUGCUUAAAAGGGGUAGGGGCUGCAUGGAAAAAUAAGGUCAAGUUGAUUCUGGUUAAGGGCUGGGAAACAUUAAUGUCUUUAGUGGCUGGGGUAGAAAUAAUAAAUUAUUAUUACUAAAUUAUUAUUUAGGCAGGCAUGUUAAAGUGAAGCUGGAACUCUUAUUUGGAACUACAGUAGUUGUAAAGACAGACCAGUAAGGAUCUCUGAACGUUGAGCAAGCUUUUAUAUGUUGCAUGAAGACUCCAGUGUUAAAUUGGUCCACUUGUAUUUGCAGGCAGACAAGCUGCUGUCCCAAGAUUUUGUUCAAAUAAUGGAGGACAUUAUUCUCACGCUACCUAAAAAUAGACAGAUCUUGCUAUACUCAGCCACUUUCCCUUUAAGUGUACAGAAGUUUAUGGUAAGUGCAGCGUUGAUUAUUUUCUUGGACUGUUGGCACUUGCUACAACAUUUGAUAAAUCCCUCUUUUCUGAAUGACAGGAAAUGUCAAAAUGCCCAAAUGUCAAAAUGCUUCUCUUUCAGAAUUCCCACUUGCAGAAACCUUAUGAGAUUAACUUGAUGGAAGAGCUGACACUGAAGGGAGUUACUCAGUACUAUGCCUACGUAACUGAGCGCCAGAAAGUUCAUUGUCUCAACACACUAUUCUCCAGGGUAAGCUGUGAUAGACCAAGUCAUAUAACUAAACAGUAAACUAAAUAAAAGCCGUUCAUCUAGAAAGCACAGGUCUGAAGACUCCUGGAGAGGAAAUGAGGGUUUACAUGGUGGCCUCCUCUAAUAUAGUCCAAAUGAAAAGCUGUGUUUGCAUAUCUGCACCCCAUCCCCCAUAAUUUUUCCCGUAGAAUAGAACUCUGAAUGAGAAAUUGUCAUUUAAGAGGCUAUACAUAGCUGUAGGCUUCAUGUUCUGGAUUGUUCUGAAGCUACAUUUUUUUCCUGAGUUGGGGCUUAAGUUGUGAGGGGCUCAGGAACUAUGCUGAACUGAACCAGCCGCACCACUUGUUCAUCUUGCAGCUGGUAACUCUUUUUACCAGAACCAUUAGAACUACUUUGAACCACCUUUCCUAGCCUGAUGCUAUCCAGAUGUUUUGAACAUCCAACUCCUAUCAGCCUCAGCCAGGGGAGGAUGAUACAUGGUUAUGUGUGGGAAGUGUUUGUGCAGUUUAUAAAUGAGAUGCUUUGUUGUGAUAGUUUUGUCUUUUUAAAAAGAUUAAUUGCCUUGGAAUUUUCAGACAUUGAACACUUUGUAUUUGUAUUUAGCUCCAAAUCAACCAAUCAAUCAUCUUCUGCAACUCUUCCCAACGGGUUGAACUACUAGCUAAGAAAAUUUCCCAGCUGGGGUAUUCGUGCUUCUAUAUCCAUGCAAAGAUGAGACAGGUCAGUAUGAAGUUAAAAAUUAACAAGCAUCUAUAGGAUUUUAAUGCAACUUGGUUCCUGAUACUAAGGGUUGGGGGGGGGGGCAGAUGAGGAGAUAGAUGCUGUUCAGAUGUUCCCUUCUUGCUGCAUGACACAUUCAGAUACUCUCUGGAACCACCUUUAGUUCUGUUACUACUACUCGUAUGGCACCGAAGUAUGCCAGUGUUUGAAGAGAUUUCCUUCAGUUCUUAAAUGAGAGUCAGAUUGGUACUGGCACAAUGGGGGGCUAAACAGAUGGCUAAAUUAAGAUAGAAUUGGGGUAACCUAGUGUGAAAGUGGAAGACAGGAACUGAUAGGGAGUGGCCCCAAAUAUAGCACUUCAGACUUGCAAUAUCUGGUGCAGCAGUUUUUCCUGCAGUAAGUUAUGCUUUGUGGCAUGAAUUGUGCAAACUGUUGUUUUCUUGCUGUUUCUCUGGAGAUUCCCAGCUGCUUGGUCUCUCAACAUCAGGGGAUGUUUUGGUGAAUAAUCUCUUCCUGUUUCUUACCAGGAGCACCGCAAUCGUGUGUUCCACGAUUUCCGGAAUGGCUUAUGCCGCAAUCUUGUUUGCACUGGUGAGUACCCCUUUUGUUUUCUCUCUGGCUCAUGUCUCAAGCCUAGUGACUAUUCAAUAUCAAAUUGAAAGUAGACUUAGAAUAUCUUCUCUGGGUGCUUCCAUUUUGGAAAUUCAUUAAGCACCUUCAGUCCGAUAGGAAAAUGCAAGAGGGGUAUGGGCAUUAUUAUGAAUGGACAUAAGAAUGAAUUAGGGGGAAAGCAGUUUGGAUAACCUCCCCCAGCUUCUUGUUGGCUUAGUAGUUAUCCUUGAAGAGCAUUCGCAACUGAAUGGUGCAACAGUUUGAGUAGCCAAGAAACGCUUUGUCCAGGUUCUGAAUUUUCUUGGUUGGGAAAAGUUAGCUAUGGGACAACUGUGUAUUGUUCAUCAUAAAUAUCUGUGUGGCUGUGAAUGGUCCUUCAGGGUUAGUCCUUUAAAGAAUCCUGCAGCUCUUGAGGCUAAAGGAAAAACUUAGUGCAAAAUUAGUUGUGUCUUGGUUUCCUGCCCUGCUAAUGCCUGUUGGCAGACCAUCUUACCACUUCUUGAUUGAGGAGGGCUGUCCUUGUCACUUUAGUCAAAUUAUCUAAACUGAAAACUUCAUUUUUCAGAUCUGUUUACCCGAGGUAUUGAUAUCCAAGCUGUGAAUGUUGUGAUAAACUUUGAUUUUCCAAAGCUGGCAGAAACGUAUCUCCACCGUAUUGGCAGAUCAGGUGAGAAAGCUGUGCAGUGAAGAAUGACAGCUUAUUUGGUAGCUUCUCGGCAAAUACUGCUCAGUGAGCAAGCAGCAGCCAACUUUGACUUUGUCCUUCAUGUUGGAGACCGUGGUCAGAUUAGGGUUCUGUUGGUGCACCAGCCAUCCCUCUGUUAAGCAGAGCUGAUGUCAUCAAGCUCUUUUCCUUUGAAAAAAACAGUCCGUGAGCAAAAUUGCCCUUAUUCAGUCAUUUAUUUCUGCACAGUUCAGAUUGCAUAGAGAGAGGGGAGAUGGGACCAUGUGGGUCAUCCCUCCACUGAUACUACCCAUGUGUUGGGGAACAUGUAGGCUUUUAUUGUUGCAGCUCAUGUGGGUUUAGGAGGCUUCUCUUCCUUCAAACCUUUCUACAAUAUGUGGACAGCAUGGGGUGAAACAUAAUGGCAGGGGUGAAGCUAAUGUGUGGGGUAUCACUAUCGCUUAUUCAGCGAUCUUGAUUCAGAGGAAGUUAAACCAGGGGUAGCUGUCAUGAUACCUCCAGAUGAUGUUGGACUGCAGCCUCCAUCAUCCUUGACCAUUGGACAUGCUUGGUGGAGCUGAUGGAAGUUGGGAGUCCCACAAAAUCCAGCAGGCCUCAUGCUUUCUAUCCCAGAGUUUAAACAGAGAAGCCUUAUUGAGUUCCCAUCAUCUAUGCAGUCUCCUAACCUCCUGGUGCGCUUUACAGAGGGCCGCCCUUGAAAACUCAGCUGGCGUAGUUGCAGUUCACCUGGUGUGGUAGUGGGUUGACACAGAUGCAUUCUCUGCAGCAGCUUUGUUGACUGCCAGUUUGAUUAGGAGCACAAUGCAGUGCACAGUGUAGUCCUACUCAGGCCAGGUUCUGCAUGAUUCUGUGAACCAUACUCCCUGUGGUCCUACCCCAACCCAUUACACUCUGAGAAUGGGCACCUUUUCAAGAAGAGCUGGAGGGAAUAUUCUGAAGCAGGCUCCCCCCGCCCCCAUCGGGAUUGUUGGUUGCUCACUGCAGGUUUGAGGAAGCUUUGCACGGAAAUAACCUAAUCUUUCUUCUUGUUUCAAUUGCUAUGCAGUAAUUAGUUCCACAAAUAGAAAGUUAUUAUCUGUCUAUUGUAGAUAGCAACAUAUUUCAUAUUUCAAUCUGUUUGGAUUGAACAAGAAAAACAACAUGCAAAUAGCUUUAUUACAGAGAUCAAAAUGUGAGUGGGCUAGCUUUGCUUGAUUCUUAACUUUGUACUUCACCCCUCCUCACAGGAGAAUAGUAAAAUGCCCUUUUAUUAUUUUUGUUGAAAGUUGAAAAUACUAGAAUAAAUGGGGAUGUGAAACUUGAAAGUUCAGCUAUACAGGGUGUGGGGAGGAGAACUGGGUGGCCUUUGGGUCUUGCGCUGGGGUUGAACAGUCUUCAGCACUGCUGCUGAACCAGCCAUGCAUUAACUGACAAGGGACAAAAGCUGCUGCAAGCCUGAGGAUUUUCUCAACUUAUGUCAGCCAAUUUCUCUCCUUAAAGGUCGAUUUGGCCACCUUGGGCUAGCCAUCAACUUGAUCACCUAUGAUGAUCGGUUCAACCUGAAGAGUAUUGAGGAACAGCUGGGUACAGAAAUCAAGCCCAUCCCCAGUAACAUUGACAAGAGCCUGUAUGUGGCAGAAUACCACAGUGAGCCUGUAGAAGAUGAAAAACCUUAACUGCUGCGUAUGUAUUUGACUUGGGGGCUGAAGGGAGAAGCAGGCUGAAUUAGACUUUCCAAUCACUUCUGGAGAGGUGGCUGAAUAGGCCAUUCCUGCUCACUUGCCUGUCCUAUGCAUGCCUGUGCAAAGCAAUGCUACUUGUCUCCGCACUUUGCACUUAUUAGUUGUUAAUUCCAUAUAUUUAUGAGGUCUGAUAAGAGUUUAUAGCUUGGUCAUAAGGAUCACUGCUUUCUUGUGGCUUUUGGACUUGUGGAGUGUCAGAGUGAGCAAAUUUUCUACUUGACUCUUGGAUGUACACCUUUCAAAGAGCCUGGGGGCAAGUUUACUAUUUUCCCCACAAACAGUGGCUAGAGAGAAUUUUCUUUCUCAGGCUCUGUUAGUGGCUGUGAGAACAAAUUGAGGGGCAGCUGAUAGAAAUAAGGGGCUGUAGUUCAAUGGUAGAGGAUCUGCUUUGCAUGCAGAAGGUCCCAGGUUCAGUCCCCAGGGAAGGAGUAGGUAAAGACGCCUGAACUGAAACUUUGAAGAAGUGCUGCCAGUCAGUACUGAGUUACAUAAGACCACUGGUCAGCCUUAGUAUAAGGCAACUUCCUAUAUUGUUGACAUCCGUCUGUCUUGAGAGACAAUGGAGUGCACCUUCCAGGGUGAAGUCAAACUGCUGGAGAAUCACAGCACCUGCUGUGGCUGCAGAGACGUGUACAAUUGUUGGGUGCCUAAGUUGUUGGUGUGUGUGUGUGUGUGUAAACAAUUUCUCACAUGUACUGGAGUGUAGAUGUGUUAGAGGAGUUUAAGGAUGUCUUCCUAUCAAAGGGCAUUCCUAUAGCUCGAAGAAUGUACAAAAGAAUAAUAGAAUUGUAGAGUUGGAAGAGACUAAAAUAUUCAAGCUUCUUGAUUAAGAAGUAGCAGGGAAUUAUUUUUGUAAUCAUUUUUCAAAAUACAAAUAAUUCUUCUUAAAAGUAUACAGAGAAAAAUAUUAUGCAGGAGGCAAAAAGAUUAUGCAUGGGGAGCUAACCAGGAAGCAUCUUUCCUUCUAUUUAUGCUGCCUUGCAGGCAGGCAGCAAAGCACACACCUUGCUACCUGGUUUUGAGCUGUGAUCGCAGCUUUGGCCUACACACCCUAUAGCGAAAGUGUCAACUUUCAGUGCAUUUUGUGUGAUACUAAUAUGAGUGUUUCUUCUUCCUUUCUAGGCUUUGCUUAAACACACAAGCUUAAAGCCCUUUGAUCCGGAUAUGUGAUACAUUGUUUCUUUCGGGAUGCCCUUCUCUUUGUGGGUUUUUCAUCUAUUGUUUUUGGAACUAUGAAGAUUAAAGAGCUGAGUUUUUUUCGGUUUUGUUUUUUUUUUUUUUAAAUCUGGCUGUGAGGAUGGAAGCAGAAAAUAGGAAGGAAAUACCUUUGUUUUUCCCACAUGUUUGCACUGUGUGCUGACUGAACAUUAGUUGCACUAACUGCUGGUUUUAAUUUCUUUCUUUGUGGUGGAGAAGAAGAACUCUGAAAAGAGAAGACUCCCAAAUUCAAGCUUGACUCUGCAAUUUCAGAUUCACCCACAGCCGCCUGACUGAGUGCAUUUCAACUUCUCCCUGGCUCCUCAUCUGUCUUUUAAGCUAAAGAGCUUGUUACUUAUUUGUGCAAAGUGCCUUAUGCUAUGAGACCAUUCAGAAUAUCACCUUUCAGAUACAGCCCAAGGAGUCAUUUUGGUUCAGGUCAAAGUCUCUCUCCCCACCUCAACUCCCUUCCCCUCUCGCACACAUGCUGGGCCGGGAGGUGACACUUGUCAGUAAUACUUUUUUUUUGUUCAACUUUUUUUUUAAAUGGAGGAGUUGAGAUGCAGAUGCAGUUCACCCACUCUGUAAAUACGUGUAUUUAAACAAAAGAACCCGGACCACCUGGGUUGAUUUGAGUGCAACAUCAACACCCCAGGAGGAAAGAGCCACUUGCCACCCACCUGCAAUAUGGAGCCAUCCGAAAAGCCCUCCUUGUGCUCUUGUAGAACACUACAGACUGGUUUCCGUGAGUCUCCGUUGGUGGUCACAGCACUUGCUAGGUAGACUUGUCUCAGAGCCGUGGUGUUCUUUCCUUUCUGAAGCGUGUUCCACAGAAAAUUGGAUGUGUAUACUUGUAUAAACUCUGUAAAUAUGUGUUUUUUUCUGUUAUGGGUUCAUAUAUAACUUUCUUUUUUCUUUUUUCCUGUUUUGAUGAAGUUUGCUGGGGUUAAAGGGAUUAUAGAUAGAUCUUGACAGCAGCUAAAGGUGAGAGGGGCUCAGUUUUCUGCAACACUACUCCAUGCCAAGCACUACGACUUCAGACCUGGAAGAGAUCUGGGGGUGGGGUAGAAGUGUGUCUGGGGAGCCCUUUUGGAGGCACACCUGGAUUCCUGCCUACAAGAAACUCCAGGAAGGUGGCAUCUGUGCUGGAGGGGGCACAGUCCUCCUUUGCCUUCUUGCAAGAUAGAAAAGGACAUGCAAAGUGUGGAUUUGGGACUAAAAAGAGCAAAAACUGUUGGCCAAUUCCAGAGUUCUCUUGGAUUGCGUUGUCUCUUUCGACUUCUUUUUGACUUUGUCUCAAGCCUGUCUGCCUAGAGACUGGAGCAGGCCAGGGCAAGCCCCUCCUUGCCCCUGCCCAAGCCUUUGCUCUCCUCUCCCCUCUCUGCUGCAGGUGGCCCGCAUGCCUUGAUUACGACAGGCAAAAGCUUUAGGUCCAAGUAGUGUUGCUUUAAAUUGUGCCCCUCCCAAUAUGCUUGAUGUUUGGCCUGAUCUGCAGGCAAAAGGAGUGAGUAAACUCGACCUGUAAACUUCUUAAGAAUUCCCUUCCAGCCUGACCAGCAACAGGCUGCCAGGAGGCACCAGGGCAAGCACAGACCCUCUUUGCUCAGACAUAGUCAGAAGCUGCACUUGCCACACCAUCCUGCUUUCUUGCCCCAAGGAGCUAAGUUACCCUGAUUUCUCCCACGAUGGAAAAUGACAACCUUACCCAGCCUACUGCUUAGAGGUCUGUGCUUAGAACCAGGUGCUUCCUGGCAACACCUUUCAAAGUGAAAAUGUUUUGUCUAGUAACUCCACAGUAACGUAGCAGAAGCUGCACUAAAGUAUAGCUCCACUGCUGGGGACUUUACUGCAGCUGCAUCAGACUGGCAAGUACUCUGUGUGGGGUGGGAGGGGGGGAGGGAUGCUUUGUGGGUGGGAAAUUCUGACCAAAAGCAAAAUCUUGCUCUUCUGCUGCAGCCAGUCUUCUGUCUUCCUAGCAGAGGAGGUAAGGGGGUCAUUUUAGUGCAAAGGUGACAAGUGUGCAGGAAUCUAGAACCUCGUAGGAGCAUGCACACCUGACAUGGUGCCAUGAGUUGAGGUGGCCCCCAUGCCCUGUGCCAUGCUCAGCCGGUCACUCUUGAAGCACAGCAUUUUUAAAUGGAAAGUAUUACUUUAAAUGUGGCCUCCUAGCAGGGGAGCAGCAUUUGCCUAGAUUCUUGAGCGCCAAUCUUGGGUGGCUUUUGUUGGGUCAGAAAGCCACCUGGUGCUGGUUGGAAGCCCUCUCUAGGGCAUAGAGGGACAUGUAAAUGGAAAGAUGCUCCAGAUAUUGACUAGGUAGACCCUGGUCUCCCUCCCAUUUUCCCCUCUUAAUCUGAAUAGAAACCCUGAAGAUUAUGGGCUCGUGUUCCUAAAUUGCCAAUGUAGCUCCAUUAAUAUUCAUUGUGGCAGCCUAGAGCAAUCUAUUUUAUGUUGUUCUAGCUGGGUCCAAAGAGAAUAAAACACUGAUGUACCUUGUGGCUGGCUUAUCCCCCUGGAUUGUGCAAGGAGUAACCAAUCUACAUGAUAAAUCCCCCCAGAGCUGGACAGGGGCAAAGCCAGGCUUGGGAUACUUCAGUGUGUUCUUUCCAGAAUGCCUGGCACUCGCCAGAGAUUGCCCAUGAGGGUGGGUGGGGGUGGGUAGGUCUUAUUUGCCUUUUUUUUUUUUUUUUUUGAAAAAAAUAAUACCCAGAAUGAGAUGGGAGCAUCUUUCCUUCACCUGCUUUUGUGUCUGUUGUGGAGCUGGAUGAGAUCAUGUAAACAGGACACAAAGGCAGACGUGCUAACAUCGGGCAUCUCAUUCUUAUUUUUUAUUUUUAUUUUAUUUUGGGGCUGGGUUUACCUACACAGGACUCGUGGACUCCUGCCAGUGAAGGGAGGCCUUGUGCGGCUUCUGGUGCAUGGCAGUGUCUUUGCCACGGUGUGCCAUUGUUGCCAGCAGUAGGCUGACCUAUGCUGCUGGUGCCAAGCAUGCCGUGGGUUUGUGGGGCACAGCUACCAUUUCUUCCCUGGCAGAAUAUGGAAAGGGUAAUCCCAAGUGGGAGCACGCUAGAUCUGCUGUGACAUUUGUGAUGCGCCUCUGCUAUGCCAGGAUCUCCCUUUUGGCAACAUUCCAGAGUUCUGUGCAGGUGAUGGGGGUGGGGGGGAUGCAAAAAUAUACAAAGAUAACGGCUCUGCUGUGUCUUAACCAGGAAUUGUGGGGAGGGGGUAUCUGGAAGAAAAAUUAGUCUCUAUUCCCCUUAUUGAAACAAGACUGGAAAACGUCAGGGGGAGGGAUGUUUUGUUUUCAGUUCAAGCAACAUUGUAUUUCAUUAGUCCUCGGUCCAGGCCAUGUUCACUGUGAACAGUGGGGACUAGAAUUUGGAAACGGGAUGGGGUGGGGUGGGAGGGAAAAUAAAACUUUUUUUGAACUGGUAACUGGCAAAUGUCCAGUAGAGCUCAUGUUUUUGGUUUGAUAUGUGUCUGCGCACACAAGUAUGUAAUAGAAGGCUGACCAUAUCUGUGUCAGAGGGCAGAAGUGAUGGAUGAUAAAAGCCUGACUUACUUUUCAAGAGAGAAUUAGCUCAAUAAAAGCUCACUGGGACUCAA